CAAACCAAUCAAGAUGGAAUUUUGUAAGAGAGUUGGAGUUGAAGGUGCCAUACUUCAGCUAGAUUCCUUCGGAAUUGAACUUGAGAUCCCUCCUGGUGCAAUUGAUAGCGAAGCCCCGCAGGACAUUUCUCUUCGUGUCCUGACAGAUACUCCUAAUCUUGGCAACGACAAAGAAGAGAUAUCAGUCUGCUUUGGUGUACAGUGUUUAGCCCCUGAUGACUUGGUCCUUAAGUUACCGGUGACUUACACAAUACCUCACUGUGCUGUGAUUACACGAUACUCCAGUGUGGAGGCAGUCUUGUACACGGGAGAGGGAGAAUACUCACCCGAUGCAGUUGUUAAAGAACGAAUUAUGUUGUCGAGGUCUGGAAUACCUAGCUGCACAAUCACAAAAGAUGUACUCAAACUGAAGAUGAAUCACUUUUCAUGGAUGAUUGUCAAGAUUGUCAAGAUUGUCAAGUUGUUCCGAGAUAUCUUCUUCCCAGAAAAGAGGAAGUGCUGUCGGCCGUUUAAAGAAAAGAACUUAGCUCUGCAGAAGACACCUGUCAUCCUACAUGCACACCUCUAUGACGACAUCAAAGGGAAUAGCGAGUUGGUAAAAUUCCAAGAAGGGGAAGAAGAUUUUGUACCUGCCCAUAUGGAACAACAGGUCCUUAUUAAGGCAGCAGAAGGUGAUCUCAAAAUGACCUGCAACGUAAAGGAGACCGUAAUUGGAAGACCUGCUGUUGUCUCCUUUGAAAAACUAAUGAGUGGAGCCAGGAUUUGUGAACCCUUUGAAUUGGACUUCACCGACCAGCCAGACAUUGUUGCUGUUUCACUGAAAGUUGGACAAAUUGAGACACUGCAAGUCAAUCUCUUGUUUCGAUUGGAUUUCUCAACUCCUCACAGAAGAGAGAGAGCUUCCCCACAAGAUCCAGGUAUUUUGGUGUAA